AUGAGCAGCAAGCGGUACCGGGACGAGGACUUUGGCCUCAAGCGGUCGUCGGGCGUCGACUACUCGCAGGUACAUGACCGCGAGAUCGACGACACACGCUUCGCGCGACAGAAGGCACUGCGCUCAGGUCAGCUGGAGCCGACGGUGAUCGAGGCCAAGUCGGCGACCAUGGACGCCUUCAUGCGCAUGGUUACGGGCCAGGAGGAGAAGCCGUCGAUGGCAGAGCGGCUCGCGGGACCAUCAAACCGGCCGACGUGGGAAGAAUUCAAGAAGGAGAACGGUGGUAAGCUCGCGAUCAGUGCCAAGCAAGAGGAGAAGGAGAUGCUCGAGUACCGCAAGGCUCUGGACGCGGAGCGCGCCAAGGUGCUCAAGCGUCAGGCCAAGAAAUCCAAGAAGCGCAAGUCCCGUCAUAGCAGCAGCGAAGACGACAGCAGCGAAGACGACGAGAGGAAGAAGCACAAGAAGAAGCACAAAAAACACAAAAAAGACAAAAAGGACAGAAAGAAGCGCGACAAGAGCGCCGACGACGAAUAA